AUGAAGCUCCGCAGCAAGGCGGCGGCGCUGCUCCUGCUCGCGCUGGCAGCGCUGCUGCUCGCGCUGCUGUCCCUGCGCGCCGGCCGCGCCGCACCCCCCGCCCCGCUCGCGCGCCCAGCGUCUGCCCUGCCGCGACGCCCCGUGCCGGCCCCCGCGCGCCUCCCGGGCCUGGGCGCCCUUCCCGGGGCCGGCCAGGGCCCCCGCCGGCGCUCGCCACCGCGUCUACGCCCCCGAGCCGGCCGUCGAGGCGCUGCGAGCCUGAAGAAGUUGGUGAGGAGGCCUGUAGAAUCCAGAAGUUUCCAAGUUGUGCUGCCCCACGAGCUCUGGAUCCACCUGGCUGUGGUGGCCUGUGGCAAUCGGCUGGAGGAGACGCUGGUCAUGCUCAAAUCGGCCGUGCUCUUCAGCCACAGGAAGAUGCAAUUUCAUAUCUUCACAGAAGAAUCUCUGAAGCCAGAGUUUGACAAGCAGCUACGACAGUGGCCUGACUCCUAUACAAAGAAGUUUGAGCACAGAAUCUACCCCAUCACAUUUUCGGUUGGAAACCCUCAGGAAUGGAAGAAAUUAUUCAAGCCCUGUGCUGCCCAGAGACUCUUUCUACCGGUGAUUUUAAAGGAUGUGGACUCCCUUCUUUAUGUGGACACUGACGUUCUCUUUCUGAGACCUGUCGAUGACAUCUGGAAGCUUCUGAGGCAGUUUAAUUCCACGCAGCUUGCAGCCAUGGCCCCUGAGCACGAGAUCCCCAAGAUCGGCUGGUACAGCCGCUUUGCCCGGCACCCUUUCUAUGGCUCUGCGGGAGUAAACUCAGGAGUCAUGCUGAUGAACCUGACUCGGAUAAGAAGUGCACAGUUCAAGAAUAGCAUGAUUCCAACAGGCUUGGCUUGGGAGGACAUGCUGUACCCUCUGUACCAGAAGUACAAGAAUGCCAUCACAUGGGGAGACCAGGACUUGUUAAAUAUUAUUUUUUAUUUCAACCCAGAGUGUCUCUACGUGUUCCCCUGCCAGUGGAACUACCGUCCUGAUCACUGCAUGUACGGGAGCAACUGCAGAGAGGCUGAGCAGGAAGGUGUGUCCGUCCUGCAUGGUAACCGAGGCGUCUACCAUGAUGAGAAGCAGCCGACUUUCAAAGCACUCUAUGAAGCAAUCCGGGAUUUUCCUUUUCAAGACAAUCUCUUUCAAUCCAUGUAUUACCCUCUUCAGCUGAAGUUUUUGGAGACUGUGCACACUUUGUGUGGACGAAUCCCACAAGUUUUUCUGAAGCAAAUUGAGAAAACCAUGAAGAGGGCUUAUGAGAAACAUGUCAUCAUCCGUGUGGGCCCCAACCAGAUGCACUGAGUAAUUCACAUUGUUGCAAGGCAAUUAGGCAUCUCACCAAGGAGGAAAUACCUUCAAGCUGCCUGGAUCUCUUUUACCUGAAUAUUUCAUGGUGCUCUAUGAAAGUUAACUUUAAAAAGCCUUGUUAAAUGUUGCUGAAUUAGUUGCCCCUAAAAGGAAAUGUUUUAAUUUUUUUUCUCAAAUGCUAUUUAUCUCUUUCUUUGUCUUUUUUUUUUUUUUAAUGACCUUGUUGCUCUUUAACAUUGUUGCAGCAGGUUGAGCUAGCUGUGAAAAGGAACUCUUGUGAGCCUUCCAGUUUCUAAAUGUCUGACGUAAUGUCAGUGGCAUCUGACGUGGCAUAUUUCAUCCAGCACUCUUUCUGUGCAGUCGGUUCCCCCAACCCUUGCUGUCGUUUUGGGGGUUUGUGUGUGUUACCCCCUUUCCUUGUUAUAAAAGUAAUACAUGAUAGUUGUAAAACAAACACAUUUUUAAAACUUAUAAGGAAUAUAUAGGUCAGUGGACCAGAAUCAAGGUGAGAUUAGUUAUAAUCCUGUUCAACCAGGGGAAAUGAUUGUUUUUUUAGUGUAGUCCCUUUUAGCCUUCUUCUCCCUGCCUCUAUAUUUAUCUGCUGGUUGUCUUCUCCAGCGUAAUAUAUAUCUAAAACAGGUAGCCUAAGUAAACAUCAGUCCCUGUUCUGAGAAUUUUAUGUCAGAGAUAAGAAAUAUAGACAAAAUGAUUGUAUUUACAGCACUUUAUUUAAAAUCUGGGAGGAUCACAUUUUAGUUAAUUGGGCAGUGGUAAAGGAUGAAGCAUAUUGGGGGGGGUGUUUUUUUAAGAAAAAUUUGUUUAGAUUUUCCAAGUCAUAAGAAAUAAUUAGGAGUUCCUGUUGUGGCUCAGUGGUUAACAAACCCAACUAGUAUCCAUGAGAACACAGGUUCGAUCCUUGGCCUUGCUCAGUGGGUUAAGGAUCCAGUGUUGCCAUGGGCUGUGGGGUAGGUUGCAGACUUGGCUUGGAUCUGGUAUUGCUGUGGCUGUGGCAUAGGAAUGCAGCUACAGCUCUGAUUCGACCCCUAGCUUGGGAAUUUCCAUAUGCUGUGAAUGUGGCGCUAAAAAGACAAAAGACAAAAAAAGAAAGAAAAGAAAAGGAAAAAAGAAAUGGCUAUUCAGCCACAGCUUCUGAAAUUCAGUAAUUGUGUUAAACCUAAAGAGGUCUGUUUAGCAAAGAGAUGUGAUAAUGUGAUUUUUUUUUUGUCUUUUUGCUAUUUCUUGGACCGCUCCCA